AUGGGCUACACAUUGACUAUUCUGGGCUGCGGUGUGAUGGGCCAGGCUAUCUUGUCUGCCAUCUACAACGCACCAGCUGCCACUGAAGAAACUAAGGAUUUCUACCCAGAAAAAAUCAUCGCCUGCAACAACAGCCAAAACUCAUCCAAUGCCGUACAAGAGCUAAUCAAAUCGUUUGGGGACAGUCCAAAUGCCAUCGAAGUCGAGUAUACUGUUGAUCAGAACUCUCAGGCCGUGAAAAAGGCAGAAGUGAUCGUGCUCGCCACGAAACCGUUUUACGUAGAACAAGUGUUGAAAGGCGUCGAAGUCGGCGAUCGGCUAUUGAUCUCGCUUGUGGCUGGCUGGACGCUCGAGCAGUUCGGCCAAUACGCCCCCGUUUGCACCAGGGUCAUGACAAACACACCCGCCAAGUUUGGCUACGGAAUGGCAGUGCUAUCGCACUCUUCAGCUGUUUCCGAUUACAACAGAUCACUCGUGAGGCAGCUAGUUGGCCACGUCGGAAGCUGUAUCGAACUGCCCGAGAAAAACAUGGACGCAGCUACUGCGUUGGUUGGUUCCGGCCCGGCCUUUGUACUUCUCAUGCUCGAGUCUCUGAUGGAAAGUGGUAUCAAGAUGGGAAUUCCACUGAAGGAGAGCAAACAGUGUGCUGUCAAAGUCUUGGAAGGUACCGCGAAGAUGGUGGAAAAGACAGGCGCGCACCCUAGUGUUUUAAAGCACCAGGUUUGUACCCCAGGCGGCACGACCAUCGCCGGUUUGUGUAUGAUGGAGGAAAAGGGUGUUAGAAGUGGCAUCGUCAAGGGUGUCGAGGAAGCUGCUGCCGUUGCUGCGCGUUUAGGCAAGAAAUAA